UUCGAGUAUUAUCCCAUAAAAAAAUAUUUGUGGUACAACCAAAUGUAAAGUGUCAAGCCAUUUUUACUUGGUUAGAUAGGCAAUUACAUGACAACACAAUAAGAACAAACGUGUUAUGCUGUGCUGUACAUUUGCUGCUUCUUUUCUACGCCCAUAAAUCCCCCUAUAAAUUCAAUUACCGAUCAAUUUUCUCCGUCGCAUUCUCAUACAAAAAUGGCGUCCACCGGCGGCGGAGGAGGAGGAGGAAAAGUUUCGUUCAAAGUCACUCUAACUUCCGAUCCCAAAUUGCCUUUCAAAGUUUUUAGCGUUCCGGAAGCUGCUCCGUUUACGGCUGUGCUGAAAUUUGCUGCGGAGGAAUUCAAAGUGCCUCCACAAACUAGCGCCAUUAUCACUAAUGAUGGAGUGGGUAUUAAUCCUCAACAAAGUGCUGGUAAUGUCUUUCUUAAACAUGGCUCUGAACUGCGGUUGAUUCCUCGUGAUAGGGUUGGUGCUGGCUGGAUGUCAUACUGAGCGCAUAUAUGCCUGUGUAUUUACGUAUGCUUCUUUCCCUUCUUGAGUAGCACUUUAUGGUGUACUGUGCUGCAACUUUCAAUGUUGUAAUGUCGAGUAUAGUUUAAUGUCAAACAAAAUGAAUAAUACCCUUUUAUCCAUGGAGCUAAUAAAUAUAUUGUGAAUUACAUUAUUGUUGAGAA